GCCGAUCUGCCACCCCGUCUCGCCGAAAUCGAAACGAAGUACAACACAAAUAUUGAGAAGAAGCGGGCGGAAUUAGGCUUGACCCAGGAGGAUGAGAUCGAUUCUGAUGCGGAAGAUGAUGUGAUCCUUGAGGCAGCUGGAGUGUACAAGGGUCGAGUUCCGUGCAUGGGGGCUCAGGGGCAACGGAUUUUGUAUGACCACACCACCGGAGCUUCAUCUUCUCGAUCAGGGCGGGGAGAGGAUCCACGCAUCGCCCAAAUGCAGCGAGAAUUGGAGGAGCAGCAGCGGGCAUUAGAGCAGCAAUGGAAGAAGGAUGAAGAAACAAGAGCCCGGCUGGAAGCGAUAGAGCGGAUCUUAAACGCCGGAUAUCAGCCUCAUCCUCGGCCGUACAUAUUGCACCCCGAGCAGACUCCUCAAGUUCCGCACAUUGGCAACAUGGGUUAUCAUUCUAACUCCGGAUAUAGUAGCAUGCCUGUGAUGGAUCCGACAUUCGGAUCUGUGUCGUAUGGUUUCUUGAAUCAAUUUCAGUCAUCCGGAGGACCCAGCUGUGGAGCGAGCCGAGGAGGUAGCCGAGGAGGCAAUCGAGGAGGCAGCUGAGGAGGAACCCGACCCGAA